ACGACGGGGAGGAGAGGAAGGGAUGAAGGAAGCCUCGGGAUGCAGUAAAAAGUCCAGGAAGGAGGGACGAUUUUGAGGCGCUCCAUGUCGAAAAUGAGCUUGAUCCAAGCCGGCCACGACGUCGUCGGCGGCGGCUCCAGGGUGGAGGCGGCCAGAGGCGGCCUCGCUUCCAACAGCGGCGGCGCUCCCCCGAGGCUCCUGCCGGGCGCGCAGCCUCCGGCUCCCGGCAGCCGGAACAGAGACGCGCGCUCCCACCAGCGGCACCACCAGCACGGGGGAACAACCACCGGCGGCGGGGGCGUGGGCGGCACCGGCACCGGCACCUCCAUGCUCAAGCAGCCCGCGUCGCACGCCGAACCCGCCGACGCGGUGAGGCGGGCGCUGGACUUCAAGUGCCAGGGCACGCAGUGCUACAAGGACAAGAAGUACCGCGAGGCCAUCGGCAAGUACCACCGCGCGCUGCUGGAGAUGAAGGGCCUGUGCCGGCUGCUCGGCGACCCGGACGGCGGCGGCUCCAAGUCGCUGCUGGCCGCCAUCGGCAAGUCCAGCCCGCUGACGGAGGAGCAGAAGGGCGCCAUGGAGAACGCCGAGCUGGAGUGCUACAACAGCCUAGCCGCCUGCCUUCUCCAGAUGGAGCUGGUCAACUACGAGCGCGUGAAGGAGUACUGCCUGAAGGUCCUGCACAAGGAGGGCAAGAACUUUAAGGCCCUGUACCGCUCGGGCGUGGCCUACUACCACCUGGGGGACUUCCAGAAGGCCCUCUACUACCUGAAGGAGUCGCACAAGCAGGAGCCCUCAGACACGAACGUCAUCCGCUACAUCCAGCUGACAGAGAUGAAAAUCCGCCGCAGCGCUCAGAGGGAAAAGAAAGACGCCACAUAAAAAAAACAAAAACAAAAAAAAAAAAAAAGACCACAGAAGACUUGAACUCAUCGCCACUUCCUGUCCCCGCCCCUCCCCGUGUGUCGCCUGGACUUGUCAUUGUAAAGCAGUCUGGAAUGUUCCGUUGGGAUUUUAAACACUGCCUGUGCACUGAUUCAAAGGUUUAUGGGUACAGAUGAUUUAUUAUUUUUCUCUCUCUCCAAAGUUCGCAAUCACUGCCUGUCCAAAUUUCUGCUGGGGCGGAAAACACAACAGCGGCAACGAGGACAAAAAAAAAAAAAAAAAAAAAACCGCAAAGGUUUUUGUCGUGUUUGUGGAAAAUUUCAGCCGCCCUCCCCCGCGCCGUUCGUCAUUUCAAAAUGGGAGUCGAUCAGUAACGAGCACCCGCACGACCACAAACUAACGUCAUUUCCGGCCUACAAGCCACGACUUUUUCCCCACACGAUUUCAACCCGGCGGUUUAUGCAGUGAUGCGGCGCUAGCGUUAGCGCACCUGGUUAUAAGCCAGGGAAAGAGUUUAACGCUAGUGCCGUUACUCUUUCUCUGUACCGAGGCUUAUGACCGGGUGUGCUGUGUAGGCCGGGAAUUACGGUAAUAAGACAUAAAAACAUCAAAGCAUGGAUUGCGACUAACGCUAGCUCCGUGCUAACACUAGCCCAGUGCUAGCGUUAUACUUUUUCUCUCUACUGAGGCUUAUAACCAGGUGUGCUCUGUAGGCCGGGAAUUACUGUAAUAAGACAUAAAAACAUCAAGGCAUUGAUUGAGACUAAUGCUAGCUCCGCGCUAACGCUAGCCCCACGCUAGCGUUAAACUUUUUCCUCUGUAUCGAGGCUUAUGACCAGGUGCGUUCUCUAGGCCAGGAAUUACGGCAAUAAGGCAUAAAAACAUCAAGGCAUUGAUUGAGACUAAUGCUAGCUCCGCGCUAACGCUAGCCCCACGCUAGCGUUAAACUUUUUCCUCUGUAUCGAGGCUUAUGACCAGGUGCGUUCUCUAGGCCAGGAAUUUCGGCAAUAAGGCAUAAAAACAUCAAGGCAUUGAUUGAGACUAAUGCUAGCUCCGCGCUAACGCUAGCCCCACGCUAGCGUUAAACUUUUUCCUCUGUAUCGAGGCUUAUGACCAGGUGCGCGCUGUAGGCCGGGAAUUACGAUAUUGUCAGUUUUUUGUCUGGUGCUGUCAAAGGAAAUGCAUGUAGUUUAUGUACAUGGACAGUACACUAAAAAAAAAAAAAAAAAGCACACCAUUAAUAACUGAAAAGACAUAUCAGACAAUUGUACAUGGAAAUGAGAAAAGAACAAUUUCUUGGUGAAGAAUACACACACAAAAAAAACCCAGCACUUGGAUCACAGUAUUUAAAUAUGAAUAUGUAUUGUAUGUAUGUGGUGGUCGUUUGUAUUGAUCCUUGUGAUGAUGCUGCAGUGCGAGUGGAUCAUCUCAUCAUUUAUUAUUGUUAUUAUUUAUACUUUGAAAUACUGAUGAAAGCACGUCAGUAAUAAAAAAAAAAAACACCUCAAAUAAUCACGGCUGCAAUACUUUUUCAGUGGUCGACU